AUGCCGAAAUUUGAUAUUCACAACUUUUCUCUUCAAGGUUUUCUGAAUGUAGUAUGGAAACCUGCUUGGGGAAUGGAUGACAUCCUGAACGGGCUCCGGGGUCAAGAGGCGAGGAAGGAGGAGGAAGCUGCAGCCAAGAAGGCUAGAGCUGACACGAGGGCUGCAAAGCGAGAGGCUGUAGCAAAGCUGGAAGUCGAGUGGAAGAAGAUAAAGGCUCAACAUGAAGAAAACAAGGAAAGAUGGAAGCUUACCUGCAAGAAACUGCGCUCCGAAGGCAUUUCAAAGAAGAAUUUACCAAAGGCGCCCACAUGCCCUCGAAAACCGAAGCUCCCUAGCCAUUUCACGGCCGUAGUCGACGACGACGACGAAGAAGAAGAGGAAUCCGAUAAAGAUUUAUCUGCCCGGAGUACCGGUUCCGACGAUUCCGCGCAUGUCCCACGGGUGGCUCAACUCGCGUGA